CAAGCAAAAUCCGGCCGGUCCCUCCGUCGUCAGGCAUGCCAAGCAAAAAAGCGAGUAGUGUAUGCACACAGAAAUAAUAUAAAACCGGAUAGAGACCGGCCCGGUGUUCGCAAGCAGUGCGAGCUGCGAAGCAUGCAUGUCGUAUGUCCCUGCUUAAAGCACGCAAAAAGGCCAUCUCGAUCGAUCCAUGUCGUCGAGGAGUGGAAGCAAACCAACAGCGCCGACCGGGAAACGGAUGCACCAUCCUUCCAAGCAACCGUUCCAGCUCCCCCGUCUCGGCUCGUCCACAAGAUCAUGUCACGCGCUGCCAGCAUCUGAUACCAAGCAGCCCUGACCUAUAAAUCAUCGGCGCCAUUCGAUCCGAUCGCCAGAGAACACCAAUCGAGAAGCAAAGAAAUCGGCACAAAUUAGCAACUGCAUGCUACGCAGCCAGCAGCAGCUACUAGCUAGCAGCACCACCGAGGAGGGACGAUCGACGAUGGCGUCGCCGCCGGCGAGGAGCGUGAGCGUGGCGGACCGCGCGCUGCGCGGCGUGGCGGACCUGAUCAAGCUCCUCCCCAGCGGCACGGUGUUCCUGUUCCAGUUCCUGACCCCCCUGGUCACCAACAACGGGCACUGCUCGACGGCCAACAAGGUGCUCAGCGGGCUCCUCGUGGCGCUCUGCGGCGGCUUCUGCGCCUUCUCCUCCUUCACCGACAGCUACGUGGGCGCGGACGGGCGCGUGUACUACGGCGUGGUGACCCGGCGCGGCCUGCGCACCUUCUCCCCGGACCCGGACGCGCCCGCGCGGGACCUGUCGGCGUACCGGCUCCGCGCGGGGGACUUCGUCCACGCCGCGCUGUCGCUGCUGGUGUUCGCCACCAUCGCGCUGCUGGACGCGGACACCGUGGCCUGCCUGUACCCGGCGCUGGAGGUCAGCGAGCGCACCAUGAUGGCCGUGCUCCCGCCCGUCGUCGGCGGCGCGGCGGGGUACGUGUUCAUGGUGUUCCCGAACAACCGCCACGGCAUCGGGUACCAGCCCACGCGCGCCACCGAGGACUUCGAGCGCAAGUACUAGCCGAGCCGACCGACCGAUCGCCGUGCCCUGCCGCCGCCGCCGCCGGCGACCGGCCGGCCGCUUAAUUAUUGAUUGAUUUGAUCGCUGCGUGAGAUGUUGUGUGUACUUGUACUGCGUCAGUGUGAGUGUGUGAUCGAUUGUCUGGUGGUCUCAAAGAGUCGGGACUCGAGUCCGCCGGGUGCUGUGUCGUCUCCCUGUUCUUUGAUUUUUAUCAGGUUUUCUUUGGAUACUGGUUGACUGGCCGUGGCGGCACCAGGCUGCUUCUCUCUCGCCAACAUCCAGCUGACUAUAUCUGAAAGAGCCUUGAAACCACAGGCUCUGCUUACUGCUUA